GAGACACAGAGAGUAGUGAGGGAGAGAGAGGAAGGGAGCGAGAGAGAGAGAGAGCUGAGCUCACACGGAGGAAUAUCGCGCUUCUAUUGUCAGUGCUUCGCAGGGGGGUUACGAUAAGGAGCUGGUCUGGACAAGCUCGACGCGGCUGCACUGGUCACUUCUGUAGAGUAGAUCUCCGUAUCACACCUGAAUAUCAUGGAGGAAGACAUGGAUGAGGGGCAGACCCAGAAAGGGUGUGGCGAAUGCUGUCUGAAAUGCCUGCGUGGCAUCCCGUACCCAUCGCUGGUGGCCACCAUCCUGCUGUAUGCUGGCGUGGCGCUCUUCUGUGGCUGCGGGCACGAGGCUCUGACAGGCACCGUCACCAUCCUGCAGAAUUACUUUGAGGUGAUACGGGCACCUGGAGAUGGCGUGGACGUCUUCAUGAUCAUUGACAUCAUUAAGUACGUGAUCUACGGCAUUGCGUCUGCAUUCUUCGUGUAUGGGAUCCUGCUGAUGGUGGAGGGCUUCUUCACAAGUGGAGCCAUUAAGGACCUGUACGGGGACUUCAAGAUCACCACCUGUGGACGCUGCGUCAGCGCAUGGUUCAUCAUGCUGACCUACAUCUUCAUGCUGGCCUGGCUCGGGGUGACGGCCUUCACCUCUCUGCCCGUGUUCGUCUACUUCAACAUCUGGACCAUCUGCCAAAACGCCACGCUGCUGGAGGGAGCCAGCCUGUGCCUCGACCCGCGCCAGUUCGGAGUGGUGACUAUUGGGGAGGAGAGGACAGUGUGUGCAGGAUCUGAGAAGUUUUACAGGAUGUGUGUGUCAACUGAGCUGGACAUGACCUUUCACCUCUUUGUCUGCGCACUGGCUGGGGCUGGAGCUGCAGUCAUCGCCAUGAUCCACUAUCUGAUGGUGCUGUCUGCUAACUGGGCUUACGUGAAGGACGCCUGUAAGAUGCAGAAGUAUGAGGACAUCAAGUCCAAGGAGGAGCAAGAGCUGCACGACAUUCACUCCACGCGCUCCAAGGAGCGCCUCAAUGCCUACACAUAAGGCAGGAGGACGCCCGGGGGAGGAAGUCCAGCGAUGUCACUUCCUGUCACAGGAGAGUGGUGGCGCUGAGAUGAUCUCACUGGUGUCUCUGUACCACCCCAUGACAACCCAUUAUUUUACAUACAGACAGUAUUAUUAUUAUUACUAUUAUUAUUGUUAAGAAGAAGACGUAGUAUUACAAGCUACCUUCACUUUUUUGUUUUUUUAUUUACAUUUUUACUCAUUUUUAAUGGAGGAAGUUUUUUAAAGCUCUUUCUUUUUCGAAUUUUUUUUUUUUGUUCAAUUUCUCAUUAUCUCGUUAUCCUUUUGUUAGAUUUUUCAUUUCUGUGGUUUUUGUUUUCUGGGUACGUUACAUUUAUGGGUACGUUCUGGGGUAUAAAGGGUUUCAAGCACAUUUCCCUCCUGUGUGAGUGUGUCUCUUCAAAGAUCUCGUUCUAAAGAACAACUCACAACAAAGGGCCUUCACUUCAGGAGACAAAAAAAAAUAACAAAAUUAAAAAAAUAAGCACUCUUUUUUUAACCAUUCGUGGGGAGGGAAGCCCAAAACCAGCAGAAUGCUUGCCAAUUCUGUAUUAUUCUCAUAUUAUUACUUUCUGAAAGAUAUUGCAAAUGUACCAUAAAUCUUUUUUUAUUUACAGUUACUAUUCAAGAGUCUAACCAAAAUUCUAUAAGAUAAAGGUUAUUAUUUUUGCUUGCUGAGCCAAGCCUGGGUCAGCAGAGCCAGGCCUGACUUUAAGACUAAUGAAGGGUUUAUGCAGCCGUCGGCUGACUCCACUGCAACACACUUCUGAUGGUUCUGAAGCACAUCUGGCCCUGUCCUGGCACGGAACCGGUGCAGAACCGAUAUGGAACCGCAGCCGGGUAGAGACAGAUUGUGUUGGGGACCCAGUUGCUAUGUGAAGCGUCGUGUCAGAUGAGUCUUACCAUUCGGAAUGCACACCAGUCCUGCCACACAUGCACGCCAACAUUUUAGAGCCCCUCCUCUUAUUUUCUUACAGUAGAGAACGAGAAAAAAGCAGGUAAGUAGGCAGUUUUGCAGUUUUCUGCUCUGUAAAUAGUCUUAUUGUAAAUGUAUACAUGUAUGUAAGCACUUCAAUUUCAGGUAUUAGCCUAAUUCGUAAUGAGUAUCAAAACACAUUCCACGCGUGGGAGGAGAGACACACAGGCAAGUCCAAGAUGGAGGCGAUAUCCUGACGUUCUCUGAAGACGUUACAUUUUGGCGGGAGAUUUGCUUUUGGGGAAAAAAAAGUGAUAUCACACAACAACAAAAAAUAAAUCCUUUAAAAUCAUAAGAAACAAUAAAUUAAAAGAAGAUUAAGAACCUAUAAUGAUAUUUCCUGAUGACGAUAAAAAAAAUCACUUGUUGUCUUGCUUAUAAAUCAUUAUGCUAUUGGACUACAGAGGUGUCUUAUCAUUCUUUUUACUGCCUGGCAAUUCAUGUUUUGUCAGUGUUAUCAAAGAGCUAGUUUUGUGCACUUAUUGGACCAUAUGUGAGCUCUUUAUAGGUGUAAGUGCAUCGGUAUUCAGCUCCUAGUUGAAUCUCUGUACUGUUAGGUAAACAACUGUGAAUCUAGAUGUUCUUUGUGGCAUGGUCAUGCAUUAAAUGGUAAUCGUUUUAACUGGCAACAAACAUACAAAAAAAUAGAAUUUUUUUUGUAAUUUCACUUUUUAAUUUCCUUUUUGAUUUGGUCUCAGUUGUUUUAACAUGUUGACUACAUGUGAACAGUCAACUUCCUUUUUGAUUUCUAAAUCAUGUGCAGUAUUUCAGCUCCUGUGCUCUCUGCAUUUCACUCGAGUCUUCUCCGCUUGUAGAUGGUAGUGUUUGAGUUGUGUCCGUUUGGUUUGUGGUGCGCUUCUUACCCAUGUCCAGAUCUUGCCUCCCUGUAAUCUUGUUGCUCUUUUCAGUACUGACCUGACAAUGCUUUCCGCUCCCUCCUCAUCGUAGCCUUUUGUACUUUCACCAAGAAUGCGUAGUAGAAGCCUGUAAUGAUGGGUCUGUUCUGUACAUACAUGUGCCAACCGCUUAACAGUGGCUUUUCUCAACUGUAGGAACAAACUGCUUGCGUAAAUAAAAAGAUGCACUGGUGUACCUGUUCAUAAA